ACCGCCCGCCGCGAUUUCUGUCAGGGCCCGAGGGCGUCUGGGCCGGGCGCCGCAAACGCGCCCGCGAUCACGACUGCGCCCUCGGCCCCGCCGAGCGGCGCCACGUACGAGACGAUCUGCUCGCCGGUCACCGGGUCGGCGUACGGCGGCGUCCAGGAGCCGCCAGGGGGAGAGCGCAGGCCGUGGAGGAACCAGGGGCGCUCCUCGACGCUGUAAGCCCCUCGCCAGCCGUACACGUGCGCGGCCGAGAGGUCGACGCCGGCGUCGGCGACGGCGGAAGCCGGGUACGCGCGGAAGCAGCCGUCGCAGCGCGGCCAGCCGACGAGCAGGUCGCGGCCAUACGCGUACUCGCCGCGCUCGAGCGCCGCGCGGUCCAUCAGGUAGACCGCGUAGUACUCGCCGGGCAGCGCGAAGCCGACGCACUUGCUGUGCAGGGGCGGGCCGCCGGAGCAAGGGCACGCCUCCCACGCCAGCCACGCUGCCCUCUGUGGCUGCACGCAGGAGCGACUCUCGGCGAGCACUCGCCGUGGAAGGAGACGGCAUGCAUGCGGUAAGUUGCUCGACUUGAUCAACUACAGAGCUCUUAACUACACCGUUCGGCGCGCAGUGGCAAGAAGUUUCAGUUCGAAACCACUAGGGCGAUGACAUUCCCGGAUAGGUUCUUCGACAGGCCUUCCCACGCCCUCUCUGCGCCCUGCUCUCCGGGUUUCGGAAAUCCGCAAGUCGGUGCCUCCGUGUCAGGUGCAGUCGGAGAACCAGGUCGACCAUUUUCGGAACCACCGGUGCGCGGCCUGCCGAUCGCUGCGCGCGGGCAGCAGCCGGCCGCCCGCAAGCCCGUGCACCGCAGGCCCCUCCGGCGAGGGGCCGCUCGGCCUUCGGGCCGUCGACUGGGUCUCCAGCGGCCGCUCGGGAGGAGGAGGAGGAGGAGGAGGAGGAGGAGGAGAGAGAAGGAGGAGCAGGAGGAGGAGGAGGAGGAGCCCCCGAAACUCUGAGCUCAG